CUCUCUCUCUCUCUCUCUCUCUUUCCCACCAUGGAAGAAGCAAACGUAGAAUCCCCCAUGCUUUCAAAGCUCCAAGAUGCCACACGCAAUCUCCACCAUAUCCUCCAAACCUCAUCCGCCAUGCAAACCAAUCUCAUCAACAUGGACAAGAGAUUCCAAGUCCUGAUGGAAACUCUCUCCACCACCUCCAAGAUAAUUACACCAAUUCAAUCCCAAUCAAUGACCACCAAAGCCCUCGACACCAGAAUCAACCGUGCCGUCUCACCCGCCCUCAAGCUCCUCGAAAGCUUCAAGAUAACCGAGUCCCUCCAACGCCAGCUCCUCCACCUCUCCUCCAAGCUCCCCACAAAGGAAACACCAGAUAAACGCCUCCGAUGCCUCCUCAAGUACGUCGACUGUGUGGACCGCCUAACCUCCUCAAUCAACUCCAUCACACAAGAUUCCGAGCCCGCGAUCCAAAAACUCCAAGAAGCCGUCGAGUUCUUGAGCCGUACCAAAGCGACCGAUCAAUACCGGUCUCAGCGUCUGAGAGAGACUCUUGUUACACUCAAAGCUUUGUAUGAGACGGAAGUAGAUGCAAUGAGGUAUGAGGGAUUGCUGGAUGAGGCGCUUCUCAAAUUGCAAGAUGAAUAUGAAAGUAUAUUGUUGCAAUUGAGACAUAAGAAUAUCGGUCAACUGCCCAUUGAGGAGAUGGAAAUGGACGGUCUUGAUUUAGGGUCCGAUGUGGAGGUCGAAGUCUUGAGGAGAAUUUCGGAGACGCUGGCGAGAAACGAUUGUUUGGAUAUUUGUAUCGAUAUAUUUGUUAAGGUGAGGUAUCGAAGGGCAGCAAAAGCUCUAAUGCGACUGAACCCGGAUUAUCUGAAAACUUACACAAUAGAGGAGAUCGACGAAAUGGAAUGGGAGAUCUUGGAGACGGUGGUAUCGUUGUGGAUCCAGCACUUCGAACUAGCAGUUAAAACGGUCUUUGUGUCGGAGAAGAAGCUAUGCAAGCAACUUUUGUCAGGAAUCAUGGACGGCCUUAUUUGGGCCGAAUGCUUUGUGAAGAUCGCCGAUAAGAUAAUGGCCGUCUUCUUCCGGUUCGGCGAGGGAGUUGCGAGGAGCAGCAAAGAGCCACAAAAGCUAUUCAAGCUCUUAGACAUGUUUGAUUCAAUGGAGAAGCUCAAGGUCCAUGUUAGUGACAUCUUCGAAGGGGAGGCCGGCACGGAUAUCUGCACAAGAUUCCGGGAGCUUGAGAAGCUCCUCGUCCACGCCUCGUGCAAGGUCUUCUGGGAAUUCGGCCUCCAGAUCGAAGGUAACCAAGACGGUUUGCCGCCGCCGCAAGAUGGAUCAGUUCUGAAGCUGGUGAGGUAUGCUGUGAAUUACCUGAAGUACCUUGCUACUGAAAAUUAUAGUGCCUCGAUGGCGAAGGUGCUACGAACUGAGCAGAUUUGGAAGGCUGGAAUUCUUUCUAGGCCUGAAACUGAUGAGAAUUUACUUAAAGAAGCUAUUUCUAAUGUAAUGGAAGCUCUCCAACGGAACAUCGAGGCGAAGAAAUCGCGGUAUAGAGAUAAGGUUCUUCCACAUAUCUUUGCAAUGAACACGUAUUGGUAUAUCUACAUGCGGACUCGGAGUUCAGAGCUAGGUAAGAUCUUGGGCGAGCAAUGGAUGAAGAAGCAAUACAAGACACUUGCUGAGGAGUCUGCUUAUUCAUACCAGAAGCAGGCAUGGGGACCGUUGGUGAGGAUCUUGGAACGGAAUGAUUCGAAUGAGAUGAAUAAAGAAGCCAUGGAAGCUUUGGCGAGAGGGAAGCUUGAGGCCUUCAUGAAGGGAAUCGAUGAGAAUAUUCAGAAGCAUGGGAGCUGUUACAACAUACCGGAUAAUGAUCUGAGAGAGCAGAUCAAGGUGGCGAUAGUGAAUUUGGUGGUGACAACCUAUGCCGGUUUCUUGCGUUCGUGCUCGGCAGUGUUGCCGGUGAAGUCGUUCUUGGCGCCGGAUUCAAUCGGUGAGCUGCUGGAGCAGCUCUUUGAUGGGAAUGGUAAGGUGAUUGAAGGGAGGCCAUUAGUUUCUGAUGGAAAACCGGCUGUUAGGAGGAGGGAAUUUAAAAGGAGAGGGAAUUCGUCCAUGUCAUCGAUAGGGGGUUCUAAUGAGAUGAAAGAUUUUCAACUGUGGAAUCCACAUGAACAAUAAAGAGAAAUGAAAUACAAUGUAAGAGCUUGUUUGGGUGACACUUGAAAAUUAGUUCAUCUCAUUUAAGUUAAUCUUGAUCACUUAUUAGAGGUCAUGAUUGUUGGUUAUCAAGAUUAUUUUUAAUUCUCACAAGA